CGGAUACUACUCUCUCUUUGGCCCAGUCUCGCCCCCCACAAAACCCCCACAAGUCGGACACAGCCAGACGCAUAUAGACACUCAAGUCAGAGGCGCGAGGGUGUCAUAUACGCGUAUAUACUCGUAUAUAGAGCAGAUAUAGCCGGCGAUCGACCAUCAAGUAUAUAAUACAAGAUAUAUUUUUUGUCUUCUUAUUUUCCUGUGACAAAACCGCGCGACAAGUGUUUAAAAAUAGUUGCUUCUCUGCCCAGAAACUCCUCCAACUAACUAAAACCAGCAGAAACUAAAAAAGCAACAAAAUGGUCGAGACCGUGGUCACCGUCGAGCGCACAACAACCACCACAUCGAAUGGACCGCCCGGUGGCGCCAAUCCCACCGGUGGCAAUGAUGGCGGCUUCUGGAGCGCCAUCCGUCUCAACAUUGACUAUUUCCGCACUGUUCCGGGCAUCCUAAAGAUUGUCCAGUUUGUGCUGGGCAUUAUAUGCAUGGCUCUGGCAGCUCCGCCCAUGAACUCGGCCACCUCGUUCUUUAUGUUCGUGAUUGUGAUCUCGUUCAUUAUCACCAUCCUGCUGAUUGCCGCUUACUUCCUGGGCAUUCGAGAGGCUCUUAACGUGGCCGUCAACUGGAUAUUCUCGGAACUGAUCACCACCGCUGUGCUGACGUUGCUGUAUUUCAUUGGCUUCAUUGUCCAAUUGGCCAGAUGGUCAGAUUCGGCCGCUAAGGGUGCUGGCUCUAACACAGCCGCCGGCGUCUUUGGGCUUUUCAACUUCCUGGCCUAUGCGGCGGGCACGUACUUCCUGUUCCUGGCGCACCGUUCCGGAGCCACCCACUAAGUCCGCAUUGGAGCUAAAGGGACGGUAGAUUGCGGAGGAUUGGAAGCUGCAAGCUGGAAGCUGGGAAGAUUAGCGUAGAAUAAUAUUUUAUUGUUAACAGAAUAAGUGCAAGUCGAACGUACUUGUUUGUAAUUUCGUCUCUCUUUUGUGAACGUAUGUAUUUUUUUUUAAUUUGUUUUGUUGUUACGAGUAAUUUAUGAAUGUGAAGAGGAGGAGCAGCAGUAGGAGGACAUCAUGCAACAGCAGCUCAAUGGAAAGCCAAGCCUUUCUCGACUUGAUUUGUUUUUAAUGUUAUUUUUUAAUGCCUAACUUUAACGCCGAUGCUAACAUUUAAGUUGAAACCCACCAGCACAUACGCACACGACUACAUCUACUACAAGGCUAGGGUGGGUCGCCUGGUCUACCGAAAGUAUCUAUAUAGUACCUUAAAUCAAAUCCUUUUUAACCAUUUGCAUUUUGACUAGAGUCUAUAUAGAUAGAAAUUCUGUGGCCAAAAAGGUUUCGUUACAAAAAGGUAGUACUACAGAUAAUUACUAGAAUAAGAUGCGUAAUGGAUUAACAAAGCAUACAAUUUUUCUGCAAGCGAUGUACAAAUUUGAAAAUUGAAUGCAUAAAAGAGUGUUUCCUUCUCUGGUUUGUCUAAUAAAAUUCAAUUAGUGUUACGCAUCUUAUUCUUUACAUUAGUUUUGGAAUUAACAUGUUCUUUGUUUAACAGAGUUUGCAUAACUAAGUCUUCUCUGGGGUUUGUUUGAGCAAUCUAUUUCUAUUGCAAGUUGAGUACAUUAAAAUAGGAAAUUUAUUUCUACUUUUAAGGAUGGAUACAGCUUCGUUUUCAUAGUCAAGGAAAAACUCGCUUUGCCCAAGAUUAAUUCUAUAGUUUGUUACAUAUUUCAUAAAUGUUAAUAGGUAAGGCUAAAGGCGACCCGC